CGCAGAAGAACACAAAUCGAUGGGACUGUUGGUGCAGCAUACCUUGUCCGUCACGGUCGUGUGUGUCAUCUCCCUCCUGUCCUUGCUUCGGUCAUCAAACAGUCAGGUACCAUCACUGCCUGGCGCAACCAUCGCCAGAUCUGCACCUCCUCUGCGUCUUGUGUGCAGCAGUUGAGUGACAAGCACAGCGCGGAUGAGACGACUGAGCGGUUGGCUGAGCGGGAAGGUGCUUCGCGUGGCUCUUCCACUUGUGCCUCGGAGACGUGCGAGUCGUUCGGUCUGACGGCAUUUGUCGGCAGCACUGCUUCACUUGACCUCAAGUGUCCGUCAGAGAGCAACCUCGGCGAGGACGCUGCCCUCUCACUGACGAUCUUGAAAAGCCUUGGCAAGGUACGGAUGAAUCAGCGCGAAAACCAGCGUCACUCACUUGAUGUGUCUGCCCCACGUGUGUGUGUGUGUGUGUGUGCGCAGAACGAGUCACUGCGGCCUGCGCCACCCGUGGCAUCGUGCCCUACAAAUAUUGAAACACCUCCAUGGCUGCUGGACGACGCACUCACACCGAUUGACAAGUUCUUUGUGCGCAACAAUGGUGACAUUCCAAGGCGCGCGAUGGACCAGGACUCUGAGGGGUGGACACUCACGGUCAGCAGAAACGAUAGAUCACCAUCCACCAGCCGCAUCAGCCUCGUGUGUCGGUCGGUCAUUCGGUCAUUCGGUCAUUCUGUUUCCCAGAUUGAUGGUAUCGGUGUGGAUGGAUCAAGGAACUUCACUCUGCAGCAGCUCAAGAGCUUCCCCACCGUCACGCGCAAGUACCCACUCCAGUGUGCCGGCCACGGCCGGGCUGGAUACCGUCCACAAGUGGGCGGCAACCAGUGGACGCUUGGCGCAGUGGGUUUUGCCGAAUGGACGGGUGUUUUGCUCAAGGACAUCCUGUCAUACGACCCGCCCGAAGGCUUCAAGGGCCUGAAAGUGCUGGACAAUGCCGUGUACCUUGCCUGGGAGGGGCUGGACAGGCAUUGCGAAGGUAGGUAGGUGAACCGCGACGCGCCACUCAGAUCAGGCCGCCUCAUCUCUCUUUCCGUUCUCCUUCCCUGCUGUGUCCGUUCAUUCAUCAGAUACUGACGCAUUCGCCAUCUCCCGUGGUGUGCCGAUUGAGAAGGCGUUGGACGGCUACACCAUGCUAGCGUGGGAGAUGAACGCCGAGACGCUGCCGGCCGCGCACGGCUUCCCUCUCCGGUUGAUUGCACCUGGCUACCCAGGGUCGGCACAGGGGAAAUGGCUCAAGAGGCUAUGGGUGAGCAGCAGACCGACAGAGAGGCAGGCAAGGGCCAUAUAGGAGCCCUCUGCCUGUGUGUGUCCUGUCAGGUGCGAGACCAGGUUCACGAUGGCCCGAAGAUGACAGGGACGUCUUACCGAAUGCCUCUCCAACCAUUGCCGCCAGGCCACGAAGGGGUACGCUGCCUCAGCACACGAGACCAAACAAGUGUUCACAUGCUCGGUUCUCGUUUGUCGACGGCUAGCUGACAGAGGAGGAGACGUCCGUGAUCGAAGAGAUGCCAGUUUAUUCAAUCAUCACCUCCCCACCCCCCUGCACACAGGUCAAGAGCGGAGACAGCCUCACCGUCCGCGGGAAGGCAUGGAGCGGCAUGGGCAAUGUCGUCAUGGUCAGCCACACGAGCAACCAAGACAUCACAAGACACCGUCAGUCACAUGUUGCACUGCACUCACUCGAGCUCUGCGUGCGUUGCAGGUGGAGGUGUCUGUCGAUCAGGGCCGGACCUGGACAGCUGCCUUCCUCAGCCCUCCCGUCAACAAGUACGCUUGGCAGGUGUGGACAGUGGACAUCGAGCUGCCGGGCAAAGGCUACUGGGAGAUAUACGCACGAGCCACUGACGAGAAGGGCCGCGUGCAGCCCCUCAUGACGCCGGGGUGGAACCCGAAAGGCUACCUCAACAAUUCGGUGAUGAAGAUCAACGUCGACGUCGUCUGAUGGCUCCGUCUGAUGCCAUGCCCCAUCCUGCAGAAGGAGCAGGGGCGUGACGGGGGUAGGUAGGCGUGUUGUGUACAUGAUGCAUCUCUCUGUCGAUGGGCCUAGGCGUUGGUGUGCAGAUCAGUGUGGGCUCUUCCUGUUGUGUCGUUGGUUCGGUGGUUGGUCGUGUGUUUUGGUUUAUGGGGUGAGUGAAGCGACAGCGCGUUGCCGCUCGGUUGCAUGUUUGUCAUGUUUGCAACGGCGCUGGCUGUAAUUAGACUGUGGGGCGGGGGUCGGGGCUGUUGUGUGCACAGUGUGUGGGGAUGAUUGAACGAACCUCUGAGUGAGGGCGGGAGGGACUGACCUUGUGAAUGCGACUAAACGAUAAGACAGACACAAUGGAUCAAUUUACCCUGUGGAUUGGAUUGGAUGCAUUAUAUAAAGGACAGGAAGGCUGAAUCGGCACACAGCUGCACAGAGAUAAAGGGGGGAUUGUCUCUGGAGGCAGAGCGAUUGACUGCAAACUCUGAGUUUGAGAUUCAGUGCCUGGUUUGGACUGUUUCUUGAACCUUUAAGAACCGCUCGAUUGUCUUUUGACCGACCGACAUCACCGUCUCUCUCAUCCACACACUCAUUCGCAGCCACCCACGACCCUCCCCCUUCAAAUGGACGCAGGCACCCUACAGUCACAGACGCACAAUUUUCCCACCCCUAUCUCUCCUUCCUCUCUCCCCCCCUCGCACUCACACAUGGCACCGAACAAACAGUGAGCCCAAUGCCCUUUCCCAUUUGACGCAUACUGUCAGUCAUUCUCUCGCUGGCGUGUUCGGUGAGUCAUAUUUACUGCUGUUUAUCAGGCACACACACACACACACACUCCCCGUGCGUCACAAUCAGACAUCCGGACAGCCAGGCGUAUAAGCCAAGAAGUCGAGAUGUGUCCACCGGCCGGCCACCUCGCCAGCGUGACACCACGGCAGCCAGGUGGAGACAUCCCUUGCAAAAUCCAAACAGUCGACGAAACGGUCAGUCCAUACGGUCAGUCGAUACCAAUGCAGUCACACACCCUCCCAACGCCUCACCCCUUCCCCCCCCCCCCCCCCCCCCCCCCCCCCCCA